CUUACAUAUUAAUAUUGACCUCUUAACUAUUUGUUUAGAGAAAUUCAAUUUCUCUAGAACCCUUACCUCUGGGACUCAAAUCUGCAAUCAACAUCAAGUUCAAAUGAAACAACUUGCAAAAUAUUUCUAAAACAUGAAGCAAGAAGAAUAAUAUUGAGUGCGAAUCAUCAUUACACCUCUUUAUCCAUUAAAGGGGCUUCAUUCCAUUCCCUCUCUUCUGUGCUUCAAUCUUACACUAAAUAUUGGAUAAGCCAAAGUGUGUAGAAGAAAUAAGUGCUUCUCAUACUCAUUACUCGUUGCAAUGGGAGUACAGAGGCUCCAGCAUAUCUCCUUUAGAAGCUUUUUUGUGCCCAGUGGAGCACCCCAGGUGGUAUUCACCUUCCUUCUGAUUCCAUGUUGUUUGGCUCUGGAUUUCAGAGCAUCCCCUAUUAUUCCAAAUACUACUUUCCUCUGGGUCUGGAAUGCCCCAACUGAAUCUUGCGCUAAAAAAUUUUACAUGCCUCCAGAUCUGAGCCUCUUCUCUUUUGUAACAAGCCCCCGAGCAAGUGUCACAGGACAAUUUCUUACAUUAUUUUAUGCUAACAGACUUGGCUACUAUCCUCACGUAGAUGAAAAUACAGGCAAAAAUGUGAAUGGAGGAAUCCCCCAGUUGGGAUCCUUACAAAGGCAUUUGGACAAAGCAGAGAAAGACAUUCUCCAUUACAUGCAAAUUGACAAGGUGGGCUUGUCUGUCAUUGACUGGGAAAACUGGAGGCCUACCUGGGAGAGAAACUGGAAAGAAAAAGCAAUUUACAGACGUCAGUCUAUUGAGUUGGUUCAGCAAAAAAAUAUAAAACUUACUCCAGCAGCUGCCACCAAGUUAGCAAAAAGAGAGUUUGAAAAGGCCGGAAAGACUUUCAUGCAAGAGACUUUAAAAUUGGGAAAAUUACUUCGGCCAAAUCACUUAUGGGGUUAUUAUCUUUUUCCUGAUUGUUACAAUCAUAAUUAUCACAAACCUGGUUACAACGGAAGUUGCCUUGAUAUAGAGAAAAGAAGAAAUGACGCGCUUGACUGGUUGUGGAAAGAAAGCACUGCUCUCUUCCCAUCCAUUUAUUUGAAUACCAGGUUAAAACCUUCUCAAGUUGCACUCUUCGUUCGCAAUCGCGUCCAGGAGGCCAUUCGUGUGUCUAAAGUAGCCAAUGCUCAAAGUCCACUUCCAGUUUUUGUAUAUACCCGUCCAGUUUUUUCUGGUGCAUCUUCGAGAUACCUUUCUCAGGAUGACCUUGUGAAUACAAUUGGUGAGACUGUUGCUCUAGGUGCCUCUGGAAUUGUAAUGUGGGGAAGCCUCAACUUAAGCCUAACUAUGCAAUCUUGCAUGAACCUAGGCAGUUACUUGAAGACUACACUGAAUCCAUACUUAAUCAACGUCACCCUCGCAGCCAAAAUGUGUAGCCAAGUUCUUUGCCAGGAGCAAGGCGUAUGUACAAGGAAACACUGGAAUUCAAGUGACUAUCUUCAUCUGAACCCAGCGAAUUUUGCUAUUCGAACUGGGAAAGGUAAUAAAUACAUAGUACAUGGGAAACCCACCCUUGAAGACUUAAAGGAAUUUUCCAAAAAUUUUUAUUGCAGUUGUUUUGCCAACUUCCACUGUAAGGAGAGAGCUGAUAUAGAAAACAUUCAUGCUAUUAAUGUAUGCAUUACUGAAGAUGUUUGUGUAGAGGCAUUUCUAAAUUCAGAACCCGAACUCCCUGAUGAGGUGCAGCAGGAUAACCAACCUCCCUGCGGGGGUUCGGGCCGCUGCUGACGCAGUUUGGAUCCCCAGCCCAUCACAGUGGGUUAAGGAUCUGGCGUUGCCGCAGGUGCAGCAUAGGUCGCCACUGCAGUUUGGAUUCCAUUCCAUUGCUGGCCCAGGAACCUCCAUAUGCCUCAGGGUUUAAAUAAAGAAAUAUUAAAAA